AUGAUGAAUAGUGAACGAAAGCUCCGUGCGGCAUGCGACCGCUGCCAUGAACUCAAGAACCAAUGCACUCGCACUGGUGGGCCUGACAGUCGGUGUGACCGGUGUAAGAGGCUUGAUAUAGACUGUGUGUAUAACACCAGUGCGCGCAUGGGCCGCCCGCGAGUGUCGCGGCCGGGUUCUGAGAACCAUAAAGGAGCAUCCUCCACCAGACACUCAAAACGAGGUGCCGUCCAGGCCGGCAGCCAGUGCGGUGCUACUGCAGUGCCGCUUCCUGUUGAUCAUGUCGAUCUAGCUUCGGCAGUACACGAUAGAUCUGGCGGUUCUGGAUCAGAUAGCUCCCGCAGUCUCGAACCAGUGCUAGGGCUUCUAGAUCCUGUUCCCCUCUCCCAGGACCUAGAGCUGUAUUCCCCGGACUUUGCGCACCCGGCUCACGAUGAUCCAACAGGCGGACAGGGGCUCGGACGUGGACAUGGGCACGCCCACCGGGAAUAUCAUCAAGUGGAGAGCCUACAACAGAAAUACAAGGAAGUGCCUGACUUCUCUGAAUCCGACCUGGAGAUGUCAGAAAAGGGAACAGCGCCUAUUGUUAAGACUACCGGCGCAGAUGAGCUCCUACGGCUGCAGUUUCACCUAAGCAAUCUGUUAACAGGGGCGAGAGAAUCGCCCACAAGGCAUCAGCCGGCCAUUGAUGAGGUCAUGAUGGUCUGCAAAGAGCUGCUAGAGCUGCUCCCCAUCUCAGCUCAUUGCUCCUCUUCAGACUGCGGUACUACAAGUAAGAGUGGGAUUGGGGCAGGACGGCCAUUCACUCCAGCCAGCGUCAAUGCUGGGCAUCCUGAUCCCUGCGACGGAAUUGGCCAGCCAACUCAACGAGGAGGAGGGCCGUUCCACCCACUAAGGAUAAACUACAUUGCCUUCCUACAAGUCGCGACAUCAUACGCAUACGCCUUGCAGCUGCUGGAUCUUGCUGUGGAUAAUCUCAUAAGCCGUGGUGGUAAUCUGGCCCUCGUAAGCCUGGGUACCUUCAAUCUUGCAUCCCAGCCGGCCAUGAGUACCUCGGUGGGUGCUUAUAUGAUUUCGAGCAUGGUCCAUCAGCUGCGUGAUGCUAUUAGUGUCUUGACUCCUGAAUAUCAGCAUCAGCAAAGGCCACCACCACCGCAUGCAUCAUCACCAAAUGGCCUUCGGGCGGCCGCUGCGACUGCGAACAAUUCGAUACAUGUUGCGGUGGAUAUGAUUUCUCAGAAGGAGACGUCUUUACUCGACAAAUUGGCGCAGAUAAUGAUUAAACCAUAG